UUCGUUGUUGAUUUGUAUGACUGUUGUAGUUCCAUGUUUUUAUUAUUUUUCAAAUUUUUAAUUAAUCAUACUUAUAAUUAUAUUUUAAACUAAUUAAAAUGUCGGCUGAAAAGAAAUUACAUUUUCGUCAUGCUUGUAAAAUAGUAUUAAAAUUAGUAACUGAACAUAUCAUAUCAGAUUUAGAAAAAAAAAGUAAAAAGAAAAACAAGUCGAAAAAAAAUGAAAAUGAAAUGGAUACAGGAGCUAUAAAAAAAAAAAAACUAACUACUAGACAAAGAAAAGCACUUACAAAAAUUAUAGAAAAAAAACAAAAAAGCCAAAAAAGAUCCGAAAUGUUAAAUGAAUUGAAGAGUCUUGAACUUUCAGCACCUUCAUUGUCUUUAAUGACAUCUAUAAGUCAAACUCAAACAAGUGGAUUGAGAAAUGUUUUAAAACAAAAAAAAAAAAGUAAAACAAUUAAGCCUAUUGAAGAAAACAAGAGCUCAGAUGAAAUUACAGUUGAUGAAGAUGUUGGUUCAGAAAUUGAAGAGGAUGAAAUUGAAUAAUUUAUUUAUAUUACUUAAAAUCAUUCAGCAGAAAGACUGUAAUUAUUAAUUUUACAAUGGUGGCCAUAUUAGUUUUACUUUUUUAUGAGCUGAUUUUGGUAACCAUAUUAAAUAUUCUUCCAUCAAAUCUAUAAAAAAAAAAAUUGUUGUAAUCAUCCAACAUUUUUACUAUUUAAUCAAUAAAAGUUUACAUGUUGGCUCUUUC